AUGCUGCGGCUUCUGGCAGUUUGUGCUGCUCUUUAUGCGGCGGCGGGAGCAGCGGAUGGCCUGGUGAAGUAUCGGCUGAUUUGCGACGGUUGGUGGGGCGCACUCUGCCGGCGUUCGUUCGAUUCGACCGGGCACGCGCCCCAGAGAGAGGAGUAUGCCUUUGGUGAGAAAGCCGAUGCCUUCAAGUCGAUGGCCUCUGUGGUCGCCAGGAGCGGGAGCAGCACGAUGAUUGCCUCGGUGGGCAUCUCGACCCACGGCGAGAAGCAGAACCAAGACAUGGCAAGACGUUUCGGCUUCAUUCCUCAAGACAAAGAAGAGCUGGAAAGCAGCGACAUGGACAAGCUCUUCCCCAAAUUCAUGUACUUCAAGCCCGGUGAUGUGGAAGGGCAACUGUACAACGGGAAGGCCACAAAGGCAGCCAUGCUUAAGUUUCUGGGCAUCGAAGAAAGAACCUGCGACGUUCUGACCGGUGCCUUCUGCAGCGACGAGCAGAAGAGGCACCUGGAGUCCCUGGCGGGAAAGAGCUCCGAGGAGCUGGGCAAGCUCCUGAAGGCGCGCAGGGGCUGA